AUGGCCACUGUUUCCUCAGCCUCUGCUGCUCUUAGAGCCAUUUCUUCUUCCUCAUACAAGCUACCCUCUGCCUUCCAAACUACUUCUCUUUCUCAAAAGAUCCAAUCUUUUAAACUCCCUAACCCUCUCAUUUCUCAAACUCAUAAACUUACUACUGCUUCCAGAUCAUUUUCCUGCAAGAGCCAGAACAGCUCAACAGAUUCAACUAACACUGAAGUUCAAGAACUUAGUGUCUAUGAGCUCAAUGAACGUGACCGUGGAAGCCCUGCUUAUCUUCGAUUGAGCCAAAAGAAUGUCAAUUCACUCGGAGAUCUUGUCCCCUUUAGCAACAAGCUAUAUACUGCAGACCUAAAGAAGAGAAUUGGAAUAACAGCAGGACUCUGCAUUCUGAUCAAGCACGAAGAAGAGAAGAAAGGAGAUCGCUAUGAAGCUGUUUACAGCUUCUACUUCGGCGAUUACGGUCAAAUCGCCGUUCAGGGAUCGUACUUAACCUAUGAAGACACUUACCUCGCCGUCACCGGCGGAUCUGGCAUAUUUGCUGGGGUUUCCGGUCAAGUAAAAUUGCAUCAACUCAUUUUCCCUUUCAAGCUAUUCUACAUUUUUUACUUGAAGGGGAUCCCCGAUCUGCCAUCUGAGUUGUUGUGUACGGCGGUUCCUCCGUCGCCGACGGUAGAGCCAACACCUGAAGCUAAAGCUUGUGAGGAUGGGGCCGCACUGAAAAAUUAC